AAAGAAAUUUUUGUGAUCAUCAUUCAUACCAAGCGUAUAGCCCAAGUUUUCCGCAAAUCAUGGCUAAAAUCUCCACCGGAGCUUUGCUCCUUUUCUUUUUCCUCGCCGUAAUCGGCUUGGCUUCCGGUGGCCGGGAUCUUCCUGGAGAUUUUCUGAGGUUGCCGUCCGAGGCCUUGAAUUUUUUUCGCGGAGGAGCCUCCGAUGCUAGCGACGAGGACUCCGUGGGAACGAGAUGGGCCGUUUUGAUCGCCGGUUCGAAUGGAUACUGGAAUUACCGGCAUCAGGCUGAUAUUUGCCAUGCUUAUCAACUAUUGCGGAAAAAUGGGCUAAAAGAUGAAAACAUCAUUGUUUUCAUGUACGAUGACAUUGCCUUCAAUCCGGAGAACCCAAGACCUGGGGUCAUCAUCAACCAUCCACAGGGUUCUGAUGUUUAUCAUGGAGUCCCAAAGGAUUACACUGGUGAGGAUGUUAACGUGAAUAACUUUUUUGCUGUCAUUCUUGGAAACAGAAUUGCUCUUACGGGGGGUAGUGGGAAGGUUGUUGACAGUGGUCCUAAUGAUCAUAUUUUCAUAUACUACAGUGAUCAUGGUGGCCCUGGUGUUCUUGGGAUGCCUACUUAUCCCUAUAUGUAUGCUGAUGAUCUUAAUGACGUUUUAAAGAAGAAGCAUGCUUCUGGAUCCUACAAAAGUCUGGUAUUCUAUCUUGAAGCUUGUGAAUCGGGAAGUAUCUUUGAAGGCCUUCUUCCCAAAGGUUUGAACAUUUAUACAACCACCGCAUCAAAUGCUUAUGAGAGCAGUUGGGGUACUUAUUGUCCAGGGGAUUAUCCUAGUCCUCCACCAGAGUAUGAUACUUGCUUGGGUGACUUGUACAGUAUUUCUUGGUUGGAAGACAGUGAUAAUCACAAUUUGAAGACGGAAACUUUACGCCAACAAUAUGAACUGGUGAAGCAAAAGACGCUAAAUGCCAAUUAUGCUUAUGGUUCUCAUGUCAUGCAAUAUGGUGAUCUAACGCUCAGCAAGGACGCUUUGUCCUCAUAUCUGGGUACUGAUCCUGCUAAUGAGAACAAUACUUUUGUCGAGGAGAACUCUUUGAGGCCAACAGCAAAAGUUACCAAUCAGCGUGACGCUGAUCUUGUCCACUUUUGGGAAAGGUUUCGCAAAGCUCCUGAAGGCACCACCAAGAAAGUUGAAGCUCAGAAGAAGUUUGUGGAAGCAAUGGCCCACAGAGUUCAUAUCGACAACAGUGUGAAGCUAAUUGGAAAGGUGCUAUUUGGAAUUGAAAAAGGUCCUGAGGUGCUCAAUGCCAUCCGACCCACCGGACAACCCCUUGUCAACGACUGGGACUGUCUUAAGGAUAUGGUCAGGAGCUUUGAGGCACGCUGUGGAUCCCUCUCCCAAUACGGAAUGAAACACAUGAGGUCCUUCGCAAACUUCUGCAAUGCUGGGAUCAGCAAGGAGCAGAUGGCGGAGGCUUCGGCGCAAGCUUGUGUAAGCGUCCCCUCGGGUCCAUGGAGUUCUCUGCACAAGGGCUUCACUGCUUGAUGAUGAUGAAACCAAGCCCCACUUAUCUGAUUUGAAAGUACGCUUCUAUCACCAUUGUUUAUAUCAAAUGUAUUCAAAAUGGAUCCAGAAUGGUUAUUUGUAAAUACAACCACAUGGCAUCAUGUAAGAAAAAGAAACAAAGGCAUAUAAGAAGGGUUAUUGCAUUGCUGUAUUGCAUCUGUUUAUAAGAAAUGAAACUUUACUGAUUUCAACUAGAGGUUGGCCU